AUGGCCAUCCAUGUCGCCGUUGUCGUCGUUCUUCGCGCCACCGGAUGGAAUCGCCGCCACUGCACGCCUCUGUCGAGCUUGUGCCAUUGCCGUCGUCGCGGGCAGGCAGAAGCCUCUGUACGGCGUCGCCGCACAAGCCGGAUCUCUGCACCUCCUCUCAAGCCGCCGGAUGGCGCCCUCCAUUGCCUGAAGGGUCUCAAGCUUGAUUUCCACUAUGUUGGUUUAGCAGAUUACUAUUGCCUAGCUCAACUUCUCAAAAAGAGGAGCUGGGACCUGGGAGGAAUGACUCAUCUGGAUACCAAGCCUAUCUCCAUUGGUGGUUCCCCAAAUCAUAGCCAAUCACCUGUAGCUCACUCAAGAAUUAGAGACGAUGAAACCCAAGAAACUGAAGCAGGAAAAUCAUUGAAUGAGAAGCUAACAUGUGCAAAUGGGCCAAAUGAUUCUUUCCCACAGCAUGGUGAACUACCACUGCCAGAGGUCUCUACAAGUGUAGGAGAUGCUGAUAUGCAGGAUUCUGUGAAGAGUUUAAGUGAGAAGCUCUCUGCUGCUCUUUUGACUAUCAGUGCUAAAGAGGACUUGGUGAAGCAGCAUGCAAAAGUUGCAGAAGAUGUUGUUGCAGGUUGGGAGCUUGCUGAAGGUGAAGUUAGUAACCUGAAGCGGCCACUUGAUGCUUCAUCUCUGAAGAAUCCCUCUCUGGGGUCGCUCUGGUUGCCCCGUCGUCGUCGCCCAUCCUCUCCACCCCACCCCGGCCUGUCUCCUCCCUGCCCGCCGAAAGGAUGCUGCUGCUCACGCCGCUGCACCACUGGAGGAGCGCAUCGACUGUGGCGCUCGGCUCUCCUCCCUGCCCGCAUCUUCUUCGUCGCCGAGUAG